UAGAAAUCCUUCAAAAAGAUAGAGAGAGAUCAACUAAAUCAUUCAUUAUCCCAAUCUGAUUAAAAAAAUUUAAAGGAGAAAAAAAAACCCAUUAAUGGAGAAGAUUAAUCAGAAGUUACCAUUGAGUGAUGAAGAAUAUGAUGAUGAAGAAGGAGUAGAAGAAGGAGAAUCAUCAGGAAGUGAAGAAAUUGCAGCGGAUGAUGAUUCUGAAGAAGACCCAACAUUUGAUGUUCUUGAAGAAACACAGUCAAGUCUGUCCAGACUUUCAUUGAAGAAAACUAAAUCACGUAUCUCAAAGGUUAUUGAAUCUGGAAAUGAUGAAGAAGAAGAACCAGAUGAUGUAGAGAUUAAGGUGCCUGAACUUAAUGCGAAAGAUGCCAAAAGUUAUGAAACUAUUGAGAAGAUUAUUGCUGGUGGUCAGGUUGAGAAACUGAAAGUUGAACAAUGUAAAGUUUAUUUGAGGAAGAACGGGUUGCGAUUAACGGGGAAGAAAGACGUUCUUAUUGAUCGGAUUAAGGAACAUCUUGGGAUCAUAAAUGGUGGUGGAGAACUCAAGUAUCCAGCAUCCAGCUUCGUGUAUAACUGCAAAGGUGAUGCUUGCUGUGGAGAUGUCGUAAUGUUCGAGCAAAAUGUUUAUGAAAUGUAUAACAUAGCUUCUAGGAGUGCCACUGGCCCUCCCUGUGGGACUAGAACCAUUGCGGGUCGUAUUGUGAAAGAAAGCUAUGGUUCUGCCAAACAGCAACACACAUUUACGAUUGAAGUAUUAUGGAGCAAAGGAGUGGAACCACUACCUCCACUCCACCCUCUUCUAAUUAAGGGUAGAAACCUUUAUAAGCUAAAGACAAUGAGACAGUUAUGGGCAGAUGAGGAGUUGAGGCGAAAGGUUUUGCUAGAAAAACACUCCAGAGGAUCUCUUGCUAGGUCUAACAGAGAAACAAGAAUCCAGCAAAAGGAAUUGCGGAAGAAGAUUACCGGACAGAGGUGUUGAGAAAUGAUGAAAGAAAUACUGUCCAAGAGACGAAAAGAAGGAUGUCACCAGAUGAAUUGGAGACGAAACCAGCUGCUCAACUUCAGAAUGAACACCCAACAAUCUACACAAAACAACCUACUCAGACUGGACAA